AUGUACCCAAGCUCACUGUACAAGCCUGAGAGCAAUGGAAGAAUGCUUCUACCAUGCCAGAAGACUACAUUUACUCUUGUUGACUUUUGUAAGGCAUUUUCGAUGCUGCUUUGUGAGCUUCAAGCCAUGUGGUUUGAAUGUGCAAGGGUUGUUACUUUGUUUAUGUUGUUUAAGUGUGCUUAUUUUCUGCUUCCGUGUGCUUGCAAGGUUGUUACUUUGUUUAUGUUGUUUAACUGUGUGCUUGCAGGGUUGUUAUUCUGUUUAUGUUGUUUAACUAUUUUGGGGCGUGACUACUUCCAGUCUGCAAGGCAUUUUAGCAUAACCUUGGAUAUAGUCAUCGAGUUAGGUUUUGUUGUGGCUCUAAGUGUUUUGUUGGGCUUGUUUGUGAGGUUCACGUCGUGCAUGGUUUUACAUUGCAAGGCAAAAACCCAAGAGUAUGCCCCUACCCCUUUUGUAAUUCAAUCUAUCAAUGCUGGGGAUGACCUUCCUUCAGCAUUGCUACAAGUUUUGUCAUUUCAGAAAAUGCAGAACAACACAGAUGAUACUGACAUACAUAAAUUAAUGUUAUAUGAUGGCACAUACAUGCAAUUGGCAAUCUUGCCUUCUACAUAUGCUACUCUGAUAGAUUCAGAUAUUCUAAAAAUAGGCACAAUAGUCCACUUAUCGAGUUAUACAUGCCGAUACAUAUGGAGCACAAGGACUAUUGUAAUACUUAGUUUGGAAGUGAAACAAAGUGAUUACCCAUUCUUUGGUAAACCAGUAUACCUGUUCAAAGAACACCAACUAGAAAUGAUGUCUAAGGACAUACCAUCAACAUCUAAACGAUCUCUUCAAUUUGCCACUGAAUUGCCAUCCCUGCAAACAACAACUUCUAAAAAUAUAAGCCCUAUAAAAACUUUGAAUCCAUACCAGAAUAAAUGGACAAUCAAAGGGAGAGUUACUCAUAAACGCCCUAUUAAGGCAUAUAGCACAACCACAAAAAAUGGCCAUGUGUUUAGCUUUGACAUUGUUGACUGUGAGGGCUUUGAAAUUAGAGUUACAUGUUUUGAUGAGAUAGCUCAGUUACACUCUAACCGUGUGGACGUAGGUUCACAUUAUAUUAUUUCAAAGGGAUCCAUUAAGGAGACAAAUGCAAGGUACAACAAACUCAACAGUCAUUUUGAAAUCACCUUGUCUGUUGCAUCCAUACUGAAACGCUGCAGCAAUGAAGAACAAUCAGAUCAACAACGUCCUCCUUUCACGCCCAUUAGUGAAUUGUUUCAUCUAACAAAUAACACGUUGGUUGACAUAAAUGGCCUUGUUCUAUAUGUUGGAGAUAUCAUUCCAAUACACAGGAAAGAUGGCAGUCAAACACAAAAACGUAUUGUGAAAAUUAAUGAUCUAUCUGAUUCAACAAUUGACAUCAACCUAUGGGGUCCAAUGGUAGUACAAAAAGGCCUAGAAUUGAAAAAUAUGUUAACCAAUGAUAGUGUGGUUAUCCUUGCUUUGCAUAAUGCUCGUGUUGGCUAUUUCAAUGGGAAGCUUAUAAACAUAACAGCUACGACCACAUUACAUAUCAACCCAACUUUUCUAAAAGUCAAACCUCUAACAUUAAGAGGGAAGGAGUCUUUGCUUGUUCUACCUUUUGUUGCAGAAACUAUCCACAUAGAUGGAAAAUAUACUAGAAUGACUAUUUCUUCAAUCUGUGAGAGGAUGAGUAUCAAACCAGAAAUAAUUCAGACUAAUUUGCUAGCUGUUCUACGUUUUGUAAACGUAACUGACCAAAAUUUCUAUUACGCAGUUUGUCCACUAAUAGUCAAUGGUAGGCCUUGCAAAAAAAAAUGUACACAGCAAGUUGAUGAUUCUUGGUUUUGCCCUAGAUGUGAAAUGACUAUGCAAGACGGUAAUUAUAGUUACUUCUUGCCAGUAAAGUUACAAGAUGCAACAGGUACUCUAUGGGCCACUGCAUUUGAUGAGGGUGGCAUUCACUUGCUACACAAAACUGCAAAAGAGCUUUGUGCACUACAAAAUGAUUCAACAACAACAGAAACACCUUACUCAGUGAUUUUCACAUCACUAUUCAUUCACACUGCUGGUUUCCACUGA